AUGCCUCAAUAUUUUGCCAUCAUUGGUAAGAAGGACAAUCCCGUCUAUGAAAUCGAGUUUACCAGCCCACAAAAUCUCCAGGGCUUCCCGCAGGAUUUGAAAGAAUUAAAUCCAUUUAUAUUGCACGCAUCACUGGAUAUCGUUGAAGACUUACAAUGGCAGCUCAACCCGACAUCCCAAUUAAAUGGCGGUGGAAAUGGCGGCAAUGGAUCCAAUAGUGGUGGUGGGUUCCUUCGAUCUAGGACCGUAAACAAUACCGAUAAUUGCUACUUGGGGAAAGUAGAUCACUUUUAUGGACUAGCCAUAACGGCCUAUAUCAGUUAUGGUGGCAUGAAAUUUGUAAUGAUUCAUGGGAACUCAGCUAACAGUAAUGUGGUGAUUGACGAUAAUAACAUAAAGUCUUUUUAUCAAGAGGUUCACGAACUAUACCUUAAGACACUGAUGAACCCGUUUUAUAAGAUCACUGACCCUAUUACGAGCCCGGCAUUCGAUUCCAGGGUACGGACGUUGGCACGUAAGCACCUUUCUAAAUGA